AUGGCCUUGAAAGCUUUCUUGAUUGCACUUGCUGUUGUUAGCAUGGUUGUUGCUCCAGCUAUGGCCACUGAGCAUUUGGUUGGGAUGAUCAAGGUUGGAAAAAAGUGCCUUAAAGUUUUCAAGUACAAGGAAGGAGUUCACAAUGUGUUUAAAGCAGAUCUAAUAUCCUUCCAAGAUUGUGCACCAUCUACUACUGUUACAUCCUUCAAUACUGGAAAUGAUGUAAUUGAAUUGACAUAUCCUGGCAAGAAAUGGUAUUUUUGUGGAAUAAGAGGCCAUUGUGAUCAAGGCAUGAAAUUAGCCAUUACUGUUUUGCCAGUUGAAGUGGGAUCUCCUAAUUCAAGUCCCCCUGCCUCAUCAACUGCCUUUGGGAUUAGUCCUAAUUAUAAAUUUAUUGUUGCAUUAUUUGCUGUGUUCUUGAUGAUCAUUGCUUAA